UUUAGCCAAGGCAGUUCUAUAUUCCACAAAAUAUGCUUGUAAAUCUGCUCUCACAUUUACAAGGUUACAUUACACACGCUGUGACGUACACGAUUGCGCAACAAAUGGCAAUGCUUAGGUUGUCGUAUCCUAAUCGAUUAAUAUGUCGGACAGAUAAAUUGAAAGAUAUGACUCACAGAAUUCAAUGGUACCUCAAAUCACAAAGUAGUGUAAACUUUGAGCCUCGAUGUUAUGUUUAUUACAAUAGACAAAUAAAUUUGCAUAAACUGCGAACUAAUUAUUUUGAAUUGCAUGCACGUGAAGUUAAUUUCCACGUGGUAUUUCCAGUGAUACUUCGACUUGGAUAUAUUCUCUUGGUCAAUCAAACGCCGGCCCGACAAGAUGCAUUAUACUGGUAGACAUUUGCUGCUUUUGAUGAUUACUUCAUGUUUUCAUGCAGUGGGCAGCGCAGACUUAGACGUUGAAGUGGACGUGUUAAACCGAUGUUUAGAUGCUAAGCAUCAUAAAAAAACUCCUGAAAUGGAACCCGGUGGACUCAAAUAUUGUUCGCCAUGGAGCAAAAGAUCGUGUUGUACCAACAAAACGUCUCAAAGUAUCGAGAGAGACGGAAUGUUAACGUUGUAUAACAUGAAAUGGGAUCACUGCAGUCGUAAUGUUAGCAAAGCUUGUAGAGAGUGGUUCUUGAGGGAUACAUGUUUUUAUGAAUGUUCACCGAACAUUGGUUUAUACAUUGUUGUAGACAAAAGAUCUAAGGUCACUCGAAGGGAAAGGAUAGUAGAUGUGCCUUUAUGUGCAAGCGACUGCGAUGACUGGUAUAAUGCUUGCAAAGACGACUUCCUCUGCUCAGAUAGUUUUUUGAAAAGUUGGAUAAAGACAAAGAAGGGCGACCUGUGCGAUAAAGAAUGCAAGACAUUUAAAGAGCAUUUCAAUAACGCCGAAAAUUUUUGUAAAAAUAUUUUUGAUGGGUCAUUUGUGUACACCAAAGGUGUUCCAGGACAGGACUGUUUUAGAAUGUGGCCAAAUGUAGACAAGGAUGGUCGUAAUCCUAACGAACUGGUCGCAAGAAUUUCUUUACAUUCACCUAAGUGGUCAGCUUCCGUCAGCAAGAAGGUUGUCGAUUACUUAGAUCGAUGUAUUGCAACAAGCAACCAUAAGAAGAAACCAGGGCCUGAGUAUGACUCUAAAGAAUGUGUUCCAUGGAGAAGUCAUGGAUGCUGCAGUGCAAAUACAACUUCUGCUAUCAAGAAAGAUGGAGCUUUGACAUUGUUCAACAGAAAGUGGAACCAUUGUGGUAAUCUCUCGGAUAAAUGUCGAGAGUUUUUCAUCAAGAAUACAUGCUUCUACUCUUGCUCCCCAAAUCUGGCACCUUGGAUUGUCAAUGAUCCAAUGGGUGGUUUGACGAGAACAGAAAAAUUUAAGAGCAUACCACUUUGUUCUGAUGAUUGUGAUGCCUGGUUUGAUGCUUGCAAGAAUGAUAUGACGUGUUCAAAUGAUUGGAGUGAUACCUGGAAGUGGACUGAUAACGACAAAUGCGACAAACAAAAAUGUACGUCUUUCAAAGAUUAUUUUACAAAUUCCAUGAUGUUCUGUAACAAGAUAUUCGAUCACACAUACAAAUACACUUCUGGUAAGCCUGGAAGGGACUGCAUGAAUCUAUGGCCAGAUAGUGGUGCGAAGAUUUGAAUCUUGAGUUUGCAUCAACAGUUACUCGAAACAUUAUUGCCAGCUCUUCAACUUUACUUUAUCCAGCAUUCAUGCUUAUUUCGUCAAUUCUAUGGGCAGUUGUUUUAACUGUAUAAAACGAAAGGGAUUUUGAAUGUGGUACAUUUAAAAUUUUGCAACUGUCAUAAAACACAUCAUAUACUCAGUUAUAUAAGCAUUGCUGGUAUAAAAUUUGCUGCCUUUAAUCAUUUCAUUUUCCAUUAUUAACUAUGACAUUGGCUUGUGUAAAUGUAGUUUUCAAUUGUAGGUUUAGCCAUAUUUUUCAUACCAUACAUAGCCUUAUGUACGGUACAAAUUAAUAAAAUCUAAAAGUAUAAGCUUAAAAAAA